AUGUCAGCCAAACGGCGGAUUAGUGUAGUUGAUCUUACUGGAGAUGGACAGCCGCCCACAGGCUCGAGCCGGAAGAGCACUAGGGCUCCUACCGAUGGCCAGCAGCUGAGGGAGCGCCAGAGCGUCGUGGAUCUUACCCAGGGCGAACCGAGCACCCAAAUGGAGUAUGAUGAAGAACUCAAUGCAAUGCAAACGGUCCAGGAUUCUCAGGAUCUUGAUGAAACGACAUACCUGACCUCUGAACUUUACGGCCAUCUUGAAACUAAAGUCGUUGGCGUGAGAUUCUACAACGGCCAUGCCACCUUUGGCGAGUGCGUUCUUAUCAAACGAGAAAGCAGUAACAAGUACGACUCGAAUGCUGUUAGAAUCGACAAUGUCAUGGGCCAUCAAAUCGGUCAUUUACCUCGUGUGCUAGUCAGCAGACUUGCUCCUUAUAUGGACUCGAACGAACUAUUGGUGGAAGGCACACUUUCGGGGGAGAUUGGAGCAUAUGAUUGCCCUAUCACACUUCACCUGUUUGGAACAAGUGAUCUUGGACCAAAAGAACAAUUGAUAGAGAAAAUGCAGCGUGAUAGAUUGCCAACCGCCGUGGCUAAAGCAGCAAUUCGAAAACAAAAGCAAGAUCUCGCAAAGAAGGCUAAAGAGGAUGCAGCAAAGAUGCGUGCGAAUGCAAGAGCGCUUGCCCAGCAGAAAAAAGGAGACCCCAUGUUUGCGAACCUUUCUCAGGGAACAGAGCCGGUUCAACAAACAGAGAGUCUGGAUGAACUUCUCUCUCAGAGUAUUGCGUUUAAUCCUCGAGAAACAGAAAAGAUUGUCGAGAAGUUUGGCAUGGACGAAACAGAACUAUCGCAGAUGCCACUGGCAGAGUGCCCUCCCCAGCUUUCCACGAAGUUACUUCCAUAUCAGUGUCAGGGACUGGCAUGGAUGCUUGAUCGUGAAUCCCCUAGCCUUCCAAAAGAAGGCUCUGAUGAAAUUGUGCAGUUAUGGAAGCGAGUUGGCAAGAGGUACAUGAACAUUGCAACCAACUACACAUCUGCGGCUGCACCACCACUUGCAAGCGGCGGAAUUCUGGCAGAUGACAUGGGCCUUGGUAAAACGAUACAGGUCAUUUCGCUGAUAUUAGCCAAUUCUACUCCUAAAACACCAAAGUCUUCCAAGACCACACUGAUAAUAUCUCCUCUCGGUGUGAUGAGCAAUUGGAGAGAUCAAAUAACGGCACAUAUACAUGAGGAGCAUGCUUUGCGUGUCCUGACGUAUCAUGGUUCCGGCAAAAAGGAAGCUGCUAACCUUUCUCAGUACGACGUUGUUAUUACUACCUACGGUGCCCUUGCAUCGGAAUAUGGACAGCUGCUGACUGCGACAGGGAAGCUUGCAAAGACAAAGAAAGGAAUCUUCUCCUUACGCUGGCGUAGGGUGGUCUUGGACGAAGGUCAUACGAUUCGAACCCCAAAGACAAAGGCAGCUCGUGCGGCUUGUAUGCUCGAGGCAGACUCACGCUGGUCCCUUACUGGCACCCCAAUCGUCAAUAACCUGAAGGACUUGUACUCCCAAGGCAAGUUUAUCAGACUAUCUGGCGGCUUAGAGGAUCUCCCCGUUUUCCACAGCGCAUUGAUUCGGCCUCUCAAUGCUGGGGAUGAAAACGCUAGCCUUCUACUCCAAGCUUUGAUGGCAACCAUAUGCUUGCGGCGCAGGAAGGAUAUGAGCUUCGUAAAUCUUCGCCUACCCCCCAUGGAAUCCCAUAUACUGCACGUUAAAUUUCUUCCUCAUGAAAAAGAGAAGUACGAGAUGUUUGAGGCUGAGGCUAAGGGGGUCUUCAUGGAUUUCCAGUCACACGAUAAGGGCAAAAAAACAACGUAUUCCCAUGUCCUUGAAGUUCUCCUACGACUUCGUCAAGUGUGUAACCAUUGGAAACUUUGUCACGAUCGUGUCAAAGGACUUAUGGACCUACUUGAGAAGGAUAAGGUGGUUAAGCUCACUCCUGGGAACAUCAAGGCGCUUCAAGCUGUUUUGCAAUUAAGGAUCGAGAGUCAGGAAGAAUGCUCCAUUUGCCUCGAAAGCCUAAAUAAUCCGGUCAUUACCCCCUGUGCACACGCUUUCGACUACUCUUGCAUUGAGCAGACGAUCGAACUUCAGCACAAAUGCCCUCUUUGCCGAGCUGAGAUCAAAGAUUGCUCGGCACUGGUAUCCCCUGCUGCAGAACUUGGAGAAGACUCCAACGAAAUUGACGUGGAGUCAGACUCUUCAAGCAGUAAAAUUCAGGCUCUCAUCAAAAUCCUCACCGCAAAAGGGCAAGCUGCCGGGACGAAGACCGUGGUAUUUAGCCAGUGGACAUCCUUUCUUGACUUGAUAGAGCCUCAACUCGCCCUGAACAACAUCAAAUUUGCUCGAAUUGACGGCAAAAUGAACUCUUCUAAGCGUGACGCCGCCAUGAGUAAACUAACUCAUGACCCAGAAUGUUCUGUGAUGCUUGCCAGCUUGAAUGUGUGUAGUGUCGGCCUGAAUCUGGUGGCUGCUAAUCAGGUUAUUCUGGCUGAUAGUUGGUGGGCUCCAGCCAUUGAAGAUCAAGCUGUGGACCGUGUAUAUCGCCUCGGCCAGCAACGCGCCACAACUAUUUGGAGGCUUGUUAUGGAGAACAGCAUUGAGGACCGAGUACUUGACAUUCAAAAGGAAAAACGGGAGCUCAUGACCACUGCUUUUCAAGAAAAAGCUGGCGCCAAGGACCAGGCACAAAGGUCUAGAUUAGCUGAUCUAGAGAAGCUCCUUCGGUGA